CAGGGGCGGACUGACAAUCUGGAAACUCAGGCACUGCCCGAGGGCCCGGGGUCAGUAGGGGGCCCCAUGAGAUGCCCCUUGUACCUUUUUCAUAGGCUUUUUUGAGUUUGGGCAAGGACACAGGGGCCCCAUGAUCCCCUAUCACCCAGGGCCCAAUGAGUUUUCAGUCCGCCCCUGUGUGUGCCCUUUAGUGCUGCCUAUCAGUGCCCAUCAGUGCCGCCUAUCAGUGCCCAUCAGUGCCGCCUCAUCAACGCAA